AUGAGCCAGUCACUUAAGCAAGCAGCUGAAUCAGCUCGCUCAAAGACCAGCGAUGUGUUGGGAGCUGCUCGAGGUGACUCGGCCGCUAUUGCCAAUGACAUCCUUCACACUCCUCUCAUGAGGGCCGCCCUUCCCUUCAUCAACGGCGGUAUCAGCGGUAUGGUGGCCACGACCGUCAUCCAGCCUGUCGACAUGGUCAAGGUCCGCAUUCAACUCGCUGGCGAGGGAACUGCUUCUGGCCCUAAGCCUUCUCCUCUCUCCGUCACUCGACAGAUUAUCGCCAGUGGAAAAGUCCUUGACCUAUACACUGGUCUCUCAGCUGGUCUUUUGCGCCAGGCCGUCUAUACCACCGCCCGCUUGGGCAUGUUCGACACGCUUAUGAAAAACUUGUCCGCCAGAGCCAAAGCUGAUGGCCGCUCAGUCGGUUUCUCGGAACGAGCAACUGCUGGUCUCACUGCCGGCGGUAUCGCUGCUAUGAUCGGUAACCCUGCUGAUCUCGCCCUCAUCCGAAUGCAGAGUGACGGCCUUAAGCCCCUCGCUGAGCGAAAAAACUACAAGUCUGUCAUUGAUGCUCUUACCAGCAUCGCCAAGAGCGAAGGUGUCGGUGCUCUCUGGGCCGGUGCUGCUCCCACAGUCGCACGAGCUAUGGCUCUCAACUUUGGCCAGCUCGCUUUCUUCAGUGAAGCCAAGGUCCAGCUCAAGAACAACACCGAUCUCUCCGCCCGCACCCAGACUCUCACUGCCAGUGCCAUUGCUGGUUUCUUCGCUUCCUUCUUCUCAUUGCCCUUCGACUUUGUCAAGACACGUCUCCAGAAGCAAUCAAAGGGACCUGACGGCAAGCUGCCCUACCGCAGCAUGAUGGACUGCUUCUCCAAGGUUGCUAAGCAAGAGGGCCUCGGCCGCUUCUACCGUGGUUUCGGUACAUACUACGUCCGCAUCGCUCCUCACGCUAUGGUGACAUUGAUCGUUGCUGAUUACCUUGGCUGGAUCACCAAAUAA